AUGUCCCAAGGAGAGGUGGAAUCGCAAUUGCAAUCAAGUGAAAAGCAGUCGAAGAAUCAGCCAUCUCCAUCACUAGGCAGACAAUCGUCUAUAUACUCGCUCACCCUCGAUGAGUUUCAACACACUCUUUGUGAAAGUGGCAAGAACUUUGGAUCCAUGAAUAUGGAUGAAUUUCUCAACAACAUAUGGACUGCCGAAGAAAAUCAAGAGCAAGUGAAUGUGCAUUCGGACACUGGAACCAGUGUACAUGCGGCACAAUCUUUCCUACGUGAAAGUAAUAAUCCGACAGAUAAGGGCAUAGUUAAGCAACAAAGCUUAUCAAGACAAGGCUCUCUCACUAUUCCAGAGCCUUUGUGCAGGAAAACAGUGGAUGAAGUGUGGUCAGAGAUUCAUAAGACUCAACAGCAGAACAAUAAUGAGCAUUAUGUUCAGAAUCUCGAUUCUACUCAGCGACAGUCCUUGUUUGGAGAGAUGACAUUAGAAGAUUUCUUGGUUAAAGCCGGGGUUGUACGGGAACAGGAUCGGCGCCCUGCACCACCUCAGCAGCAGCCAUGUGGAAUUUACCCAAAUAGCAACAAUCAUACGGUUGGACAAACUUUUGCUGCUAGGCCUAUGAGCAAUGUUGGUGGUGGUGCUGUAGCUGUUGCUAACGUUGCAACUUAUCAAGCGCUUCCACAGAGUAGCAUUGGAGAGGUGGCGGGUUUCCCGGGGGAGAUGAAAACAGGUCCUGCUUAUGCACCGCCACCAUCGGUAGUCUACAGCGGGAGAAUGGGAAAUGGCAGUGGAGUAGGAUACGAACAAGGGCAGGGCCUCGGGAUGGGUUCACCCAUAAGUCCGGUUUCAUCGGACGGAUUGUGUACAAAUCAGGUGGACAGUGGUAAUCAGUAUGGAUUGGAUAUGGGUGGUGUGAGAGGAGGUCAGAAGAGGAUCUUAGAUGGUCCGGUCGAAAAGGUGGUGGAGAGGCGACAACGAAGGAUGAUAAAAAAUCGUGAGUCCGCUGCACGAUCUAGAGCAAGGAAGCAGGCUUACACUGUUGAAUUGGAAGCCGAAUUGAACCAGCUGAAAGAAGAGAACACGCACCUAAAGAUGGCUCUGGCCGAGCUAGAGAGGAAAAGAAAACAGCAGUUCUUUGAGGAAGCAAGAAUGAAAGCGCAGGUCCAUACCAAGGCCCGCAAAGCUAAUGAGAAAUUAAGGACGUUUAGAAGAACCCUGAGUUGCCAUUAUUGA